CCUCCCACCCCCUCCUUGGCCGCUGGUUGCUGAGGGCCACAGUGGUGGCUGCGUGACAGAACCCACAAUGGCGGCAAAAGACCAGAGGCAGAAGCAGGGCCAGGGGCGGGCGCGCUUCGUCUGUGUGACCCGCUUCGGCUCGCACCAGUGUGGCAGCGUCUUGCAGCUGGGCGGCCGCCAGUCUCAGGGGGUUUCGUGCCCGGGGCUGGAGGCACACGACAACAACGAGGAGGAGCCGCUGCCACCGGAAGCCGCGGUGGCGGCCCCAGCGGCCCCGGGCCUGGGCGCUGAGGCCUCCACCUCCUCCCAGGGGCCGGCGCUGCGAGUGCGGAGGAGCCGCGGGCCGCCGGCGCGUGCAGGUUUAAUCCGGAAGGAUGCAGAUGGAAAGUUCGAUUUCCCCAUACCAUUGAAUGAAGCUUCCAAAAUCCUGAAGAAAAAGAAAAAGGUUUCAGUAUGGAAUAGCGUAUACAAGGUCAUUUCCAAAAUGCUUGAAGAAAAUGAAAAAUAUAGACUUAGGCUAAAAUGCCAAAAAUUAUCUAAUGCAAGCUGACAAAAUAUGAUGAAUCUUCUUAUCAUCUUCUGGCUUAGCUACCCGGGCUCGGAAGGAGAAGAAAAGGAUCUUCCAGUAGUCUGAAUGGAAGACUUUGGUGAGUACAGAAUAGAGUAGAAACACAUCCAUACUUCAGAAUAUUCCAGCUCUCCUGGAGAAUUUCAGGUGAGCUUUGGAAUUAGAAGGAAAAAAACAAUGAGAUCUUUUGACACAGAAACUAAAAUACAGGGUAUUUUCACAUCCAGUGUAAACUGAAGGAAAAUUAAAAUUCAGGGAAAAUCUAGGGUAACCUAAGAAUCUUUGUGAGUCAGCUUAUAAGAUAGUAAAGGAACAGUUUUGAGUUUGGGAACAGGUCUAUGGCAUUAGAGAGGCCGAGAAGCCUGGGUGUGGAAGGGAGCACAGCCCGUGCUCAGCAUUUUCUUAUGGAGAGAGCGCUUGGCUAGGCCCUGGAAUGCAGCUAGAGCAGUGCCCGAGUUCCUAAGUCAGGACCGCAUCCCUGACAGCCGUGCAAAUGUACUUCUCCAAUUUCCUACCCCCAUGGGCACAGCUGACUCACCACGCAGCUGUGCCGGGCUGUGAAGCGACUCCUGCAUUUGUAGAAGACUAUUCUUUGCCACAGGGAACUGCCAGCCAGUGAUUAAGCGUGGCAAGCAUAAUAAGGCAGGCACACUGCUAUGAGUCAAGCCGUAAAGGCUGCUCAUUUGCCUUGCUGAAGCAGUCAUUAAACUGCAGCAGACACGGAGUCUAAGACUUUCCUGCCCGAUCAUCUUCCCUUCCCUCUUUCCCCUGCAGACAGGCCUUCGUCAUGGCGCAGUGGCUCUCCUAGGCUCCCCGGCUCCCUGUCAGUUUUUCCACACAGACAUUGCCCUAGAAAAUAGCUUGCACCUCUAAUUCUGCCCUGGUCCCAUCUUCUUAAGGACCCAAACUAACAGAAGUGAUGUCAGGAAUGGUCCAAGAAAACCAGCAGUGAGAUGUGGCACUGGAGUUCGUUAAUCAUCAACCAACUGGCAAAAAACUGUUUUCCUGAGUGGAUUGGAGAGUACCCUGCAUGUUGUGAUGGUCUUAUUUGAAAGAUUUCAUCAGAUAUUACUUGGAAAAACUUCCCAGUAGGGGGUAAUGCCUUUGCCGUUAGGAUGCUACAGGAAAAUAAUGUCUCCACAGAUAGUUGGACAACUACUACUAUGUACAUUAACACCUUCAGAGAGUAUGGUAAGAAGCAGGUGUUCAUUAGAAAGCAGAUAAAGAAAGGGUGAGUGGGGCCAGUGCUGUGGUGCACUGGGUUUAUCUGCUGCCUGCAAGGCCAGCACCCAUAUGUGCACUGUGUUGAGGCCUGGCUGCUCCACUUCUGAUCCAACUCCCUGUUGAUGUGCCUGGGAAGGCAGUGGAAGACAACUCAAGUGUCUGGGCUCCUGCCACUCAUGUGGGAGACCUGCAUGGAGCUCAUGGCUUCAGCCUGGUUAUUUUAUUUAUUUGAAAGGCAGAGUUAUAGAAAUAGAGGGAGAGACAGAGCGCUUCCAUAUGCUAGUUCACUCUCCAGAUGGCCACAAUGGCCAGAGCUAGGUCAAACAGGAGGCAGGAGCCUCUUCUGGGUCUCCCACAUGGGUGCAGGGGCUCAAGCACUUCAGCCAUCUUCCACUGCUUUCCCAGGCCAUGAGCAGAGAGCUGGAUCAGAAAUGGAGUACCUGGGACUCAAAUCGGCACCCAUUUGGGUUGCUGGUACUGCAGGUGGCGGCUUUACCCACUACACCACAGCACUGGUCCCAGUAAAUAAAUCUUAAAAAAGAAAAAUCAUUGUGAGAGCCUCUGGUGAUAAAAUACCUUUAUCUGGUGCAGUGGAAAAGCAGACCUAGCCAAGUGACAGAUAGAAGCUGUGAUCAUGAGAGAUGUAUGCGUGGAGUCUGCUUAUGUCAGGAAAGUCUGCGAUGCCAGAAUGUAUGCUGGCGAUACCUGAUCGAUUCCCCUGCACCAUCACAGUUGGCAGAGGUGUCUUGCCCCGUGCCAGAAGGUUCUGUAAGGAGUCCUGUCCCUCUGUAGGUACCUUCAUCUGGAGCUGCCCUUACCUCCUCUCCUGGCUACCAAGCCAUAGCUAAGGUUAAAUCUCAGUCUAACACAACUGGAAAGGAGGGAAGAGAUAGCACACAGAAAGAGCUCCAAUGAUUAGCUAGCAUGUAUUAUCAUAAGCAAUAGGACUAUCAUGGACUGGAUUUUUUUUUUUUUCCGGGGAAAAGUCUCUCGUCCACAGGGAAUGCCUGUGGGUGGAGUUUAUUCUUUGCAGAAGCACAGUCCCCGUGGCCCUCCCUUGACUUCAGUCACAGCAAACUGAACAGCUGC